CGCGGGGGGGCGGCGCGGGCCGGGCAGCAGAGCCGGUGCGUCCGGGCGGCGGCGGGGAGCCGUGCGGGGCCCGGGCCGGGGCCGGCAGCCACAGCGGCGACAGCGGCGGCGAGAGCGGCGGCAGCGGCGGCAGGGAGGAUGGGCGAGCGGUGGUGUGCGGCGGUGCUGCGGGUGCUGGUGCUGCAGGCGCUGGCCUGGGCGCUGGCGGGCGGGCAGGUGCGCUACUCGGUGGCGGAGGAAGCCAAGGCCGGCACGGUGGUGGGCCGUCUGGCGCAGGACCUGGGUCUGGAGGCGGGCGAGGCGGAGGCGCGGCGGCUGCGGCUGGUGGCUCCGGGCCGGCGGGCGAGCGUGGAGGUGAGCGGGGCGAGCGGCGCGCUGCUGGUGAGCUCGCGGCUCGACCGGGAGGGGCUGUGCGGCAAGAGCGCGCCGUGCGCGCUGCGCCUGGAGGUGCUGCUGGAGCGGCCGCUGCGCGUCUUCCAUGUGCAGCUGGAGGUCACCGACAUCAACGACAAUGCCCCCGUCUUCCCCGCCGCUCGUAAAAACCUCAGCAUCGCGGAAUUCACCACUCUGCCCGGGUCUCGUUUCCCGCUGGAGGGCGCGUCAGAUGCGGAUAUCGGAGCGAAUGCGCAGCUGACCUAUACACUCAGCCCCAGCGAGCAUUUCUCUCUGGAUUUACAAAAAUCGAAUGAGCGAAAUAUUGAGCCUGAACUGGUUUUAACGAAAGCUCUGGACCGCGAGACGAUUCCCGUGCACCGGUUGGUGCUGACGGCGAGUGACGGGGGCCGGCCGUCUCUCACGGGCACCAUGGAGCUGGUGAUCUCGGUGCUGGAUGUGAACGACAACGCGCCCCAGUUCAACCAGUCCGUGUAUAAAGUGCAGCUGCCGGAGAACGCUGCCGUAGGAACGCUGGUGAUGAGGGUGAAUGCCACGGAUGUAGACGAGGGAAUUAACAGUGAAUUGACCUAUGCCGUUACGAAUUUCAUUCCCCCGAGUGGAAGAGACGUGAUUUCCAUCAAUCCUAAUACCGGGGAAAUUCAUCUCACAGCAGCCCUGGACUUCGAAGAAGUCAGUAUUUUUGAUUUUCGUAUCGAAGCGACAGACAAGGGGACACCCCCGCUGUCGGGUCACUGCCGAGUUGAGCUGAAGGUACUGGACGUGAACGACAACGCGCCGGAGGUGUGGGUGACGUCGCUGUCGGUGCCGGUGGCGGAGGACGCGUCGGUGGGGACGGUGGUGGCCCUGCUGAGCGUGUCGGACCGGGAUUCGGGGGAGAACGGGCGCGUGCGGUGCUGGGUGUGGCCGGCGUCGCCGUUCGGUCUGGAGGCGACGUUCGCGGGCUCGUACUCGCUGGUGCUGCGCGAGGCGCUGGACCGGGAGCGGGUGUCGGAGUACGAGGUGGAGGUGCGUGCGGAGGACGGCGGGGCGCCGGCGCUGCGCGCCAGCCGCGGGCUGCGGGUGCCGGUGUCGGACGUGAACGACAACGCGCCCGCCUUCGCGCAGGCCGUGUACACGGUGCUGGCGCGGGAGAACAACGCGGCGGGCGCGGAGCUGGCGCGGCUGUGGGCGCGGGACCCGGACGAGGCGGGCAACGGGCGCGUCAGCUACUCGCUGUGGGAGGGCGGCGGCGGCGGCGGGGCCGCGGGAUCGUCGUCGUGGUGGUCGGGCGGCGGGUGGCGUCCGGCGUCGAGCUACGUGUCGGUGGACGCGGAGAGCGGGCGCCUGUGGGCGCUGCAGCCCUUGGACUACGAGGAGCUGCAGGUGCUGCAGUUCGAGGUGCGCGCGGUGGACGCGGGGGAGCCGCCGCUGAGCGGCAACGCCACGGUGCAGCUCUUCGUGCUGGACGAGAACGACAACGCGCCGGCGCUGCUGCCGGCCGCGGGCUCGGCCCCGGAGGCGGGCGCCGUGGCGGCGGCCGAGGCGGCGGGCGUGGGGGCGGGCUCGGCGUCGGGCACGCUGUGGGCGUGGGCGGCGUGGGGGGCGCCGGCGGGGCAGGUGGUGGCCAAGAUCCGCGCCGUGGACGCCGACUCGGGCUACAACGCGUGGCUGCGCUACGAGCUGUGGGAGCCGCGGGGCAAGGGCCCGUUCCGCGUGGGGCUCUACAGCGGCGAGGUGAGCACGGCGCGGGCGCUGGACGAGGCGGACGGGCCUCGCCAGAGGCUGCUGAUCGUCGUGCGCGACCACGGCGAGCCGGCGCGCUCGGCCACGGCCACGCUCAGCGUAUCCCUGCUCGAGGCGGCCGAGGCGGCGCUGGCCGCGGGCUCCUCCUCGUCGUCGUCGUCGCCGUCGCGCUCGGCCGUGGGCGUGGAGCUGGGGCCCGGGGCGGCGAGCGCGGCCACCAACGUGUGGCUGGUGGUGGCCAUCUGCGCCGUGUCCAGCCUGUUCCUGCUGGCCGUGGUGCUGUACGGGGCGUCGCGCUGGGCGCCGCGGGCGGCCGUGCUCUCGGGGCCCGGGCCCACCACGCUCGUGUGCGCCAGCGAAGUGGGCAGCUGGUCGUACUCGCAGCGCCACAGCCGGAGCCUGUGCGUGGCCGAAGGCGCCGCCAAGAGCGACCUCAUGGUUUUCAGCCCCAACUUCCCCCCCCCUCCGCCGCCGCCCGGCCCCGCGCCCAAGGACACGCAGCCGGAGCCCUCCGCUCUCCUCGACACGGUCAGUGGCAAUACCUUGCUCGUCUUUUCCCCCUAUCCCAACCUCUGUCCCGCCAGGUGUGCAGGCUCUGCGGGAAUCCGGGCUCCUUUCGAUGAGUGCUUGACGGGUGCUUAAGGGUAUCAGUGGCAGGUUAGCAUCUGGCCUUAGGGGGAAUAUAGAAUUACUGCCGCAGUCUAGAGCAGUUAUGGUCUGCAGCUGCAGUUUACUGCUCUGUGUGUAAACUGUUCUGUUCUAGAAUGAAAUCCCUGCCCAUUGCGGUGAGACUUGCCCCACGGUGUCAGCUUUGGAAACUGUCUUGCCUGGUUGUGUUUAGUAUUUCCACCCGAGCUUGCUGAAGGAGUGCAAGACAGGGGGGCUGUGGUUCUGACAGUCCUCCCGGCACUACACUCCGCCUUAUUGCCUUUGUUGACUGAUACCCUGCCUGUUUUAUUAUGGAUUGUUACUGAAACUUCUUUUCUUUCAUUUCUCUCUGUACGAGAUGUGAUGCAGUGUGGCUAUUUGGGCACCAAGGAAACAUCGUCUCUAGCUGGUUCCUCCACUAGAAUCAUUAAGGAUUCAAUAAAGGCAGUAUAGAGUUUUUCCAUGUUCUUUUUUGACAUAUCUUCUUGCUUUUCUUAGUAACGCAUGGGUUCGGGCAGCCCAGUGUGACAAAAAAUAAAUGUUUCAAAGGUAGUUUCUCUUCCUGCUGCCCAGUCCCCCACAUUGUGGAUUUGUGUUUCCAUUCGGAGAGGUCUCAUGGAAUACCCUGGCUAGUUUUGCCCUUUCCAAAUUUGUAUCGAUAGCCACAUUGUUUCAAAAGCCUUGGGGCAAUAUUCCUCUCUACAACUAGAAAGAAAUAUCAAGCCCCAGGCCCGAGCCUUCCCCACCAAAUCUCCAAUAACGUUCCUGCAGAUGGUCAGGUUUGCAUGUUACACUCGUAUUCCGGUUUCUCUCUCAGAGCAUGACAUCAGUGUCAUUCCCAUUUAGAGACAUCUUGACAUCACCUUUGGAAAGAAUAUUGUUACCAGGUAAUGUUUUCUUCUGAGAUAGUUACAGCAUUGCAAAACACGAUGGGUCAGCUGUAGAGAGUGUGCUGUCUAGCUUGUACAUGAUACUGUCAGCGUUUUGUGGUGCUGCCGUUGCUGAGUAGGACAAGGAAACUUGAAAUGGGCCUUGAGUGGGCAGUGAAUAUGUGGCCUGUGGUACUGGGUAGGGCCUGACCAUUUCCUGGUGUGAGGGGUGACCUUGAGCAGUAGGAACAUCUGUCUGUGGGAACUGGAAUUCCUAGGGGAGGACAUGAGUCAUGACAUAAGACAAGAAAUGGAGUUGAUGUGUUUGUCUUGAGAGUACAUGUCCCAGGAUACCUGGAGGAAUGAAGCAGCAUGAACACAGAGUGGUCUUUCACAGGAUGAUCUUCAGGGUCCAAAGUGUCUUCAAUUGCAGGUUUUAUGGAUCUUCAGAUAGUCACAUGGUUUUGAAAUAGCAAAAAUACUCUUUGACCUUAUGAAUAUCUUCUACCUGAGAAGAGUCCCUUCUGCUGCUGAGCGAUUACCAUAGGAAAUGUGUAAGAGGAGAUGGCAUGCAGAACGCUAGAUGUUGUCUGAUGAACCUUUGCCUGCUUGUUUUGAGAAAGGAGUUGUGGGAGCAUUGCAUUUCAGCUUGCUGGGUAUCCACAGUCACUUCCACAUUCAUAGAGUUUGCUGUGAUGGUUCCUUGCUUCUCCUCGGGUGGGAUUAGUAACCAGAUGUG